UAUUGUUUAUUUAUGCUAUUAGGCGAUAAAUGAUGACAGAGUUCAUGUGUUUUUUUUUCACUUUUCCUGAUAAUCUAAAAUUCUAAAUCUAUAAUAUUUAUUACUUUUUGUUUAAUAUUUAUUGUAAAAUUCAUUAUAAAUUCAUAAAUAUAUAAAAUCUAAUCUUAUCUAGAUUUUUUAUAGAUUUUAAUCUUUAUAUGCUAAAAUUAAGAUUAUUAAAAGUUUUAAUUUAAAACUGUCUAAAAGGCAUUAUAUAGGUUUGUGACAAAGAAAAUUGAGAAAAGCCAGAAGACUGGACUGGACCCCAGGACUCCGCCUAAUCAUUCCUAGCGAUCAUGUCACAAAUUAUUGUGAAAAAUCUUCCACUGAAUAUAACAGCAGAGGAUUUAAAGAAGAAAUUCAGUGAAAAAGGAACAGUAACCCAAGUUUCACUAAAGUAUACUUCAAAUGACAUUUUCAGGCAAUUUGCCUUUGUCGGGUUUAAAGAGAAGUCUGAAGCUGAAAGUGCUGCAAAAUAUUUUAACAAAACUUACAUCAAUUAUUCAAAAAUCGAAGUUUCAAUAGCCAGUGACUUGAAUGCUCACACACAACGAAACGCAGUCACAUGGUCGAAGAAGCAAGAAACUUCCAAGAAAAAAGACCACCAAGCACAAAAUCCUGCACCAAAUAUUGUGACUCAGUGGGCGAUAAAAGUUACUGGACUGCCACCUAGAGUCAAAAAAAAUGAAAUUGAAGAAUUUUUUAAACCUGUGAAGUGUAGGUUUUCAUUGCCCGAGUCCAAAGCAGUCACUAAAUUGGUUGUAUACUUUGAAAGUGAAAAGGAAAAAGAGGUGGCAUUUAGGAGGAAUAAGAAUCACAUCGGUGCCAAAAGGAUCUUUCUUCAUCACCAUGUCGUAAACAGCGAUGCAUUACAGCAACAUCAAUCCAUUCCUAGUAACAAAUUUAUGAAGAGUGAUAAGAUAGAUGAGCGUCCAAAGACCCAGUUUUUCGAGAAUAAAGAAGUUCAAAAAGCUCUAAUAUCAGAGACUGGACGCUUGUUUAUACGAAAUUUGGCCUACGUAACCACAGAAGAAGAUAUCUCGCAACUAUUUUCUACAUAUGGUCAUUGUGAUGUGCAGUUACAGAUGGACAAAUUCACAAAUACGUCCAAGGGUUUUGCGUUGGUCAAUUUCGUUCUGCCGGAAAAUGCCCUAGAGGCCUAUGAAUAUCUGGAUGGCACCAGCUUCCAGGGUCGUCUGCUUCAUAUUGUUGGGGGCCAGGCCAAGAAAGAAGAUAACCUCUCGAACAUCAAUGACCUGCCUUUCCAUAAGAAGAAGGAAGCUUUGAAAAAAUUAUCCGCAAACAAUGUGAGGAGCUGGAACUCACUGUUCGUAAGAGCAGAUGCAGUAGCAGAGAGCCUGGCAGCGAGGAAAAACAUGUCAAAACGUGACGUCUUGUUAAACGACGGAAAGGUGAGCGUAGCUGCCGAACUGGCCACAGAGCAGACGAGAAUUGUGAAUGAGACCAGGACAUUCCUGAUUAAAAAUGGCGUCUCUCUUGAUUCCCUCAGUCAGACCUCUGGUCCCCGCAGCAAAUCAGUUCUACUCGUGAAAAGUCUGCCAGCCAAGACAAACAAACAAGAUUUGGUGAAAGUAUUUGAGAAGUUUGACAGUUUCAUCAGCCGAAUUUUGCUACCGCCAAACGGAUUAACGGCCAUUGUCGAAUUUAAUAAUAACGACGAGGCUCAAAAGGCUUUCAAAGCACUAGCUUACAGAAGAUUCAAAGAUUCACCUCUGUUCUUGGAAUUUGCCCCUGUCGAUGUUUUCCACCAGAAGGAUGACGAGAAAAAUACUUCCAGCAGUACGAAAAGUGGUGACAAAGUAGAUGAUGAUGACGGCGACGACAACGAUGAUGAAGAUAAGGGUGAGGACGACGACGAUGAUGAUCAUGAGAUUGAUGAUGAUGACGACGACAACGGAAGCGUCGAUCUCAACGAACCCAGAAGAUUUGUAUUUGUAAAGGGUCUGCCGGAUGAUGUCAAUGAAAAAGAGCUUAAAAAGAUUUUUGGGAAACACGGAAGAACAUUGAGUUUUGAGAUCAAGAAAAGAGGAGAAAGUACUACUGCUUUCGUUGAAUACGCGUCAAACAGAGAGGCAGAGAAGUGCUUGAAGUCACUGAGCAACUUGGUGAUCAGGGGAAGUCAAAUAAGCCUUAAAAUAUCCGACAGACGUCUCAAGUAUCCGACCGCCAUUGUUAAGUUGAACAGCUCAAAAAGUGCAAAACGUGGAAAGACGGCUACAAAGAUUCUCAUCAAAAAUGUUCCUUUCCAGGCUUCUCAUACUGACUUGAAUCAACUCUUCAAGCCCUACCCUGGCGUUAAGGAGAUUAGGCUGCCGAAGAAAGUCGGCUCAGGGCAUAGGGGGUUUGCAUUCGUCGAAUUCGUCUCAAAAGCUGACGCCAAUAGAGCUUAUAAAGAGUUGUGUCAGAACACUGCCCUCUACGGACGUCGGUUGAAUUUUGAAUGGUCCGCCGACACAGAAUGUGUUGACAGGCUGAGGAAGCGAACCGGAGAAAAAUACAACCCAGGUUGUCCAAGCAAGAUUCGACGCAAAUCAGAUCUGCUCAGCUAUCUGGACGAUAAAGAAGGUGUAACAGAUUUAUAAGAGAACAUAUAUCCUCUUAUGAUUUAACGUUUCAAGGAAUAAUGUUUUAACAUUCUUUUUUAUAUUUUUCUUUUCUUUGUGAAUAUUAAAUGAGCCUAAAUGCUCAGAGACAAUUAUUAAUCCUAAAAAUCUUUUAGAAUAAAUUUAAUGUAGCGAUUUUAAAAUUUUCUAUUUUUUUUUACAUUAUUUAUAUUUUACUUUGGGAACAUAACAUGAGUAUUAGAUGAGCGUAAAUGCACAUAAAACAAUUACAACUAUUAAUCUAAAAAA